CGGGUUACAUACUAGUAUAUAUAUAAAUACGAGUCGAUAUAGUGACUACUCGUCCUAAAGGAGGGUCGGGUAGAUCUGGUUCGGAGAUAGCCGUCUCGGACGCGUUGAGGAAAUUGAUGCCAAAAAGGACUGAAUCCUGGCCGGCCGAGGAAGAAGCUGUUCUCUGUGUUGGUGUUUAUCUUUCCACCGCUGAAGUAAUACUUGAUUCACAAGAGGGUGAAGAGAGUCGGAGGUCUCUAAACCAAAGAGAGCAAAGAGCAAAUGGCGCUGAUAAGAUUAUGAUGCAAAUGCAGACUGAGAGAGCAUUACAUGAACUGGAGGAAAAACUGAAUCUCAAAGAGAAAGAUUCAUUGCUGUCGUCUGGAAUCAACACAGCCUCGGACAAACACUUGAUGCAACAAUUACUUACACAUGGGAGCAUGGAGUCAAAAGAGAGGGACGUUGAGGGUAAUUAGCUGAAAGUUCUAACUAUAGAGAGGAAAGAAUACUUGAUUCACAAGAGGGUGAAGAGAGUCGGAGGUCUCUAAACCAAAGAGCGCAAAGAGCAAAUGACGCUGAUAAGAUUAUGAUGCAAAUGCAGACUGAGAGAGCAUUACAUGAACUGGAGGAAAAACUGAAUCUCCAAGAGAAACUUCAGCUGCCAAUCGGGCCCUUUCCCGU